AUGGGUUGUCCAGUAGAGUUCAGUGCAGCACAGCACAGCACAGUAUUGCCUCGAGUAAUAAUUCUCCUCCGCCUGUCCGCAUCGCAGGUGAAAUUCCUCAAGAGCGGCGCUAUCCCGCUGCAAGACCUGGAACGCGAGGCCGAGCUCCUGUCACGCAUGUCGCACCCCAACAUCAUCAGGAUGUUCGGAGUCACUUACUCCCUCAGCGGCACCCUGGAAAGCAUCAUAUGCGAGUAUAUGGUGCACGGGGACUUGCUUUCCUUCCUCAAGAUUCACAGACCGGAUGAAUCCUACCUCACGCCCAGGGAAUUCGACUCGUGCUGCUACCACGGAGAGGACGACGUGAACAAGUACUUUUUCGGUACUUACGAGUGCGGGGACGGAGCCUUGUUCGAGGGGUCGGUAGGAGCCGAGGGCGGGGAAACGGACCGAGAACCUGUCGGCGGAGCAACUCGCCUGGUUUCCGGUACUUCCGCGGUGAAGCCAGUCAAGGAUCUCCGGACCCUGUCGCUCGAGGACCUGUUGGACAUCGCCAUACAGGUAACCCAGGGACUGCAGUACUUGAGCGAACAGCACUUUGUGCAUCGGGAUCUGGCGGCUAGGAAUUGCCUCGUAGGCAGCGACAUGGUGAUCAAGUUGUCCGACUUCGGUCUGUCGAGAGACGUCUACUCGUCCGACUACUACAAGGUCAGCGGGAAUGCAGGGGCGGUUCCGGUCAGGUGGAUGUCUCCGGAAGCAGUGCAGUUCCGCCUCUUCACGCCGCAGUCGGACAUCUGGUCCCUCGGCGUCGUCUUCUGGGAGAUAUUCUCGUACGGACAGCAUCCGUGGUUCGGCUACUCCAACGAGCAGGUUUUGAGGUUUCUGACGAACCACCAAGUGCUGCGGUGUCCCGAGGGUUGCCCUCGUCGCGUGUAUACCCUCAUGGAAGCCUGCUGGAAGAUCCGACCCGAGAACAGGAUCACGGUGGACAAGAUCCUCGAGGCCCUUCACGACAUUCGACACCAGGCCGCCACGUACUUGGAGAUCCAGUCCAGCGAGUACAGCAUCCAGUUCCUGCCGAGCAUCGCGUUCUACAAGCCGGAAGCCAGGUCCUCGGGCCUCGAGAAGAAGUCCUACAGCCGUACGUGGGGUGACACGUUUCCACGCGGACUUGAGUAUAUCUUGAGUUCCUAUAGAUGGAAGGGCACAAAAGCGGUACAAGUCAUGUCGUAUACCAUGUCCUCUUCCCCGCGGCCUGGACUGAGAAAGGGAGAGAGUUUCGACUUGUCAUUGCUACAAAUUUUGUCGUGGACCAAAGUCAUUUGCUGCAAGCCGGUUGCUAAACACGGGGGAGAAAAGGUCCAAACCGAGAAAAAGGUCUAA